CUCCACGCAGCGCCGGCGUUCUGGAGGAGCCACACAGCGACUCACCACGCUAACAAUUUUCUGUCAGGCCUGGAGGAGCGUCUUGAUAGCGUACCAACCCUUCUCACACAGCACAGCCUUUGCUACUUGACACUGCAAGAUGGAAGGCGUGGCGGCGGUAUUGGCAGUGGCAACGCGUUACUCAGGCCCCUUGCUCACCGUCUUGGUCUUCUUGCAGUUUCCGCGCCUCACCCUGACCAACACCGAGGAAUCAGAGGGCGUCAGUUACCGCCUGUCCCCGCAGCGUACCACGGUCAAUGGCAGCUUCGUGGUGGCGGAGGGGCUGCAGACGCCGCGGGAGGAACUGACGGCGUGUGUGUGGGCGCGGGUGACUUACUUUAGGCGGCCGUCCAUAGCACUGAGUAUGGGCAGCAGAGACGCCACCAUCGGAGACAUCAGCGUGGGUGUGGUGCCGCGGGGGGUGAUGCUGCGCCAGGGACGCUCCGUGUGGAUGGCGGCGGCAGCGGUGGUGCCACUCUCCUGGUACCACUUCUGCCUCGCCCUCACGCCGCGGAGAGUCACGCUUUACCUAGACGCUCGCCGCCUCCUCCAGGUGAAGCCCAACACAGACUUGUUCAAGGGCGAACUGCGGGCGGUGAUGGGGGGCGGCGUGAUGUGGCCGGACAUUUCCCCGCUCACCUUCACGUUCAAGGGGCCGACGGAUGAUGACUGGGAGGCGCUACGCGCCACUCAGGCCAUCAACACGGUGGUCGGCUCCUUCGCCGGUGACCUGCUGUCGCCCGAGGUAUGGAAUGCUGAGCUCAAAGAGCAGCAAGUGGAUCAACUCUUGUCUUGCAGCGUCCUGAGCAACUCACCGCGGCUGCGGCCCGUCACCUGGCAGACCAUAGGCGCAAACAUCGAGCAGUCUAUGGUGAACAACAGUGAUCCCUGCGAGAGGCGGCGCUUCGAUUAUCUCUUGUUUCCGGAGCCCAUGAAUUACGAAGAAAACUAUCAGCUUUGUGUUAAACUCGACAUGGAAAUGAUAAGGCCGCGUAAAGGGCUGGACUACGACAGAGUGUUUGCCGAGGCGAUGGGCUACUCGGCGUGUGCAGGUACAGGUCCAGGAAACAGACGGGUUUUGUGGUUGGCCAGGACCGACAACACGUGUCCUGCUCUGACGAAAUCUGGCCAGGAGUCUGCCCCGUGCACUUCCCGCCUGUGUGGGGGUUGCCAGCUGCAGCCGCAGCGGCGGCGGAUGUUCAUUAUGCGGGGCCUGUGUCCUCUGCCUAAUGCAGACUUCGCUUUUGUCGCGACCUCCAGAGACUCUGCCAAACCUUAUUUCCAGGGCGUUGAGCGAUACAGCAUUGGCACCUCCAAGGACGCGUGGGAACUGCGUGAUGAGGUGGAGGGUCAAGUGUUGGCAACCACCAAGGAGAGUGACCCGAUGGGCGCCCGUCAGUGGCAACUGAACUCGGGUGUGUGCGGGGCCGUGGAGCAGCAGAUGGUGAAUGUGUCGCUCAGUUCGUGCGGGAAGGAACAGACGCUGUGUCGGACAGGCAUGUGCAUCCCUCUCGAUAGGCGCUGUGACGGCUACCCGGACUGUCCCGGUGGCUUCGAUGAGGAGGGAUGCCAGCCGGUUCGCAUGUCCCAAGACUACCUGGUGAAUUCACCGCCACCUAAUCCACCGACGAUGAUUGACUUGAAGGUGCAGAUGACCCAGGUGUUGUCGACGGAGCCGCUCACGAUACUCAUCAACACGAAGCUCACUUGGCGGGACCCGCGCCUUACCUUCGCUAACUUGCUCAACAACGAGGACAUACCAGUGUCACUCACGCCCCUCAUUUGGCGGCCGCGGCUCAUAGUGCUGAAGGAGGGUACUGCCUCGCCCGCGGACCUGACCAGCAUGUCACAAGACUCGGCGGGGGAGGAAAGAGAGGAGAGCCUGUCACUCACUGCCACCACCACCUCCUCCCCCGUGCCCGACACCCGCGCCACUCCGUCCAUAGAUACACUCUUUCCCGGCGCCAACACCUCCAUAUCCCUGACGCAGUACUUCCGGAAGCCUCUCAACUGCUUCUUCGACUUGAGCUUCUAUCCGUUUGACGUGCAUGUGUGUGAGUUGCCCAUGAUGCUGCUGCCCCACGAGGCCCGCCACACGCGCCUCAUCACCGGCACCAACAGCGCCAAGUUUACUGGACUCAAGGGACUCGCCUAUUUCGAGAUUGAGGAGUUUAACAUCAAGAUUCAGGACGCGCAGCUGGGUGGCCGCCAGUACAGCGGCGUGGUGCUGCAGGUGCGACUGGCGCGCCGGUCUGCCUUCACCGUGCUGGCGGUGUACUUGCCCUCCUUCGUCCUCCUGGUGGUGAGCACGGGGUCUCUGUGGGUGUCGCACACCUCGCCUGCCCGCCUGGUGCUGAGUUGCGGCGUGGUGGGCGCCUUCCUCAUGCUGUGGGUGAUCACCGCCCUCACCAGCCCCGCCUCGGGCAAAGUCAAGGCAAUCGACGCCUGGCUGUGCUUCUGCACCAUGCACGCUCUGCUGCACGUCAUGCUGCACGUGCUGCUCGAGGUGUUCGCAGAUGACAUUACAGUGCCGCCACUGUUCUCCAGGGUCGCGUCGCGCGCCGCCACGUCCCGCACCCGCGAGGUGAAGCCUAUCGACACCAACAUCUACGACAGCCUCAUGCUACGAGACACUGACGACGGCAAGACCUGGACCGUUAACUACUGGAUCUCCUUCAUCGCCAGGGUGGUCUCCCCCGCCCUCGUCUUCUUUUUCAAUGUCUCCUAUUGGCCAUUCGUGUUCUACUUCAGCACCGACUCUUUGACGUAAUGGCGCCCACUCCACCAGUCUGCACUGCUCUCAGGGUGUUUCCAUCACACACACACACACACACACACACACAAGCUCUUGUUUAUAAUUACAUUUCAUAAACCGUAACGUGCACCACAUAUUCGAACGUUGUGUCGUGGGUCCAACACACACCGUGUAUGUCGGUUAUUUUUGGGAUCCGCUACUCAGGUACCGCUGGAAGAAUGAGUGUUUCCUUGAGUCCCCAGUGCCACACUUGUCACUACUUAAAUCGCAAUCUGCCGUCCCCCUCCUCAUCUCUCUUGAGCUGCGCCUCCAUGCGGGAUUUGGACACAGUCUUCUAAACAACUAUAUCAUCACUACAUCUCCGCCUUUUCUGAUUAUACAACAGAACUGCUCGCUGUGCUGAUACAGUUUGCCUUGCUGUUGACCCGAGACAGUUUUUUCAUAAACAAAUGUGGUAUGACAUAAAUGCGUAAACAAUGGAGAAAUAUAUUUGCCAACUUACACAUGUAAGAAAAAAAAAGUAAAAAAAAACUCAUAAAAGGGGAAAAAAAAACGGAGCUUCCAAGAUUAACCCCAUGAAUUUAUCUAAAUCCUAAGAGUUCCUCAUGUUAUUCACAUCAGCUGGAGACGAGUUACGACAUGUGUACUUAUAUUCAGAGACAGAUAGAGGGUUGUCCACCAGGCAGCUCAAGUUUCCCUUCAGAUCCGGUUCAGUUCGUCAGGAAUCUGGCGAAAACUUUUUACCCUCAUUUUCUUUUCUUUUCUUUCCUUUCUUCUCAU